AUGGAUGAAGAGUACGAUGCCAUUGUCUUGGGCACAGGUCUAAAGGAGUGCAUUAUCUCCGGUCUGCUCUCAGUCCACAAGAAGAAAGUGCUACACAUCGACCGGAAUGACUACUAUGGUGGGGAGAGUGCUUCAAUUUGCCCUCUACCCAAGUUGUUUGAGCUCUUCUCCAAGAUGCAACCCCCAAAAGAAGAGAAACUAGGGAAAUUCAGGGACUACAAUGUUGAUCUAAUCCCUAAGUUUAUUAUGGCCAACGGGCUUUUAGUAAAGAUGCUGAUCCUGACUGAUGUGACACGGUACUUGGAGUUUAAGUCAGUCGACGGAAGUUAUACUGUCAAGGCUGGUAGCAAGGUUUAUAAGGUAUGUUUGAGCAUUUACAAUGUAAUGAAACGAUAA